AUGUCAAGUGCAACUGCUUAAUAUAAUAAGAAAAGAAAGCUAGAAGACAUCUCAAACAAAAAAAAUAACUCAGCAUUGUAGAAAUCCGCUAAGCAAAGAACUUCAAGUGCUAAGCCAAUACAAUCAGAAGUCAAAAAUGACAAAGAUGGCAAGAUAAUCAAAGCCACAAAGGGAAAACUUAAUGAAAAGCUCAGAAACAGCAGUGGAAGCAGAACAAAUCCAGCCUAAAAGAGUGGAAAGAAGCUCUUAGACGAUGAGAAAAAGAUCGAAUUGGAGGAGGAAAGAAGUGAGGAGCUUGAUAUGAGCUAAUCUCAAGUAGUAAUAGGGAAUAUGUUCUCACUCUAUGCCCUUGCUGAGAAGUAGCCUCAAAAGAUUAAAAUGAUUAUCGAUCAGAUUUUUGCUCAUCACGAUAAGUCUGAAGAAUUCAUCGUCAAGACACUGUUUUUGUACUUCUUGGAACUGAUCGGAUUUUCUGAGCUAGAAACCUUAUCGUAUAAUGCAAACUUUAUCUCAAAGAACAGAGAUGAGUCAAAACUCUUAUCAAUCUUCUCCUCAGAUGAUAAGUUUGAAAUUUCUUUUUAGAAGUUAGUAUUUUUCUCUCAAGAGAAGAAGGCAUUGGAGCAGAAAAAGCUUUUAAAGAGAGUUUGCAAGAUCUUUAUCUCCAAUAUAGUAGACCUACUACCUGAUAAAGCCUCAUAUUUGGAGGCAAUUGUUAAGAGAGUUUGCAUUUUCUCAAAGAGUCAAUAAAGGCUAGUGAGGUAUGCAUUCAGCUAUAUUGGUCUCUACAUUUACAAAUUCUAGCUUGAUCAAUAAAGCGAUCUAUUAAAGCUAAAAUAAGGCUAUGAAGAGAAGCAUAAGAAUGAGCUUAAACUUAAACAAUCAUCUGAAGCUAAUCAAACUAAGAAAAGAAUUGAAAGUAUUGCUGCAGCAAUGAAUGAAAUUCAAGGAAACAUAGACACGAUUUAACAGCACUUGAUUCUAAAGAGAAGUCAAGAUGCUCAAGUAAUUGUCAGAAAGAGUGUUUACGAGUUCUUUUUGCAACUAGAUGAAAGAGAACUUUAGGCAGCAUUCGCUAUGCAAGACUAAAAGGACCAGUCAUUAUAUAUGGAUGCAAUCUUUGACGGUCUCAAAGACGAAGACACUUAAAUCAAAAAAGUUUCACUUUAGAUCAUUUAUCAAUUCCUGAACAAGUUCAAUCUUGAUCAAUCAACCAUGAAAGUUGUGGAGGCAUCUCUUCAAAAGUACAAAAUGAUGCUGUUUAAUCUAUCUAAUAUGAAUGAGAAGAACUAAGAUACCUAGAUGGCUCUCAAAGCUAUUCAAAUCAUUCAAAAAGCAAUUCAGAUUAUACCAGAUUUAUACAGUUAAGACAUUCUUUAGUCGUUAAUGAAUCUAGUCCACAGCCAAAAUUUGAGUAUUAGAGAGGAGGUUGGUGGUCUUAUAUUGACUCUAUCAGAUGAAUUUGACGAUGUCAGCACUUUACUUGAGCUUUAGAAAGUCAACCCAUAGAAAGGACUUCCAGAGAACUUUACACUAAACUAUGAGGACGAGCCAAACAAAUCAUAGAAGCAACUAAUUAAGCUGAUUAAAAUGUUCGAAAAGCAUGUUCAAACUGGUGCCUAGCUGUUGACUGUGAAUGGUAGAGUAGAAGACCAAAAUGAGUUGGCUGUGACUAACAUCUCAAAAGAUGAACUGCAGAGAAGAAUCGAAAAUGAAUAGGAGGAAAGAGCUGUUCUGCUUUUCCAGACUUUCCAGAGAAGGACUUCAGUGAUGUUUGAUGUUCAAAGUAUGACUCAUUUACUCAAGAAGGAAGAACUGGAAUACUCUACUAAACAAGUAAUUGUCAAUCUAAUGAAAAUUGCUCUGUUGUACACUGAAGCUAUGAAAAACUAAAAAGAUUGUACAAAUCUGGUAUUCAGCAAAAUAUGGGAGUCAUAGACAGCUUAUUUGAAGCUUACAGUAAUGAAUGAACUCAUCUAAACUUUCAGAGUUGAGACCAAGAUCCUUGAGCCUCUUUUGAGCUCUUUGCUUGUUCUCAGCAAGCACCUGGAAAAAGAUGCGUAAAAUGAUGGCAAUGAUGAGCUAGUUAAGGACAUAAUGAUUCUUUUGCUAAAAGUCAUUGAUAACACACUAGUUGAUGAUCGCCACCCUGAAAGUUUCGUUAUCAUUCAGAGGAGCAUCUCUAAUUUAACUCAGCUGCAGAAACUUUUCCCUGAGAUUACUAGACAGCUUAGAGAGUUAGGCCUUUCUUACUGCGAUAAGCUUUAGUAAGAGGUGGUUCCAAAGCUCUUCAACACUGAGAAAAAUAUAGAUGCUGAGCUUUUAAGCUUCAUCAGCAAGUUUAAUGUCUUAAUGGCCCAGAUCCAAAUCAAAUAGAUUGCAGAUACGGAGUAUCUGAAAGGAAUGUGCUCAUUUAGUAUCAUCAACUAUACCUAAAUGAUCCUCGAUCACUACAAUAUCAUGUGUCAUUUGUCAGAGACUCAAUUCAAUUCAAUGCUGCAAUUGCCUUUCACCUUUAUCGAUCAACUACUUGGAGAAUCAUAAAGUCAUUCAUAGUAUAUUCAGUAUCAGCAAAAAAUGCUGCAUCACCUAGUAGACUUUUAUAUGGACUUGCACAAUCAAUAUAAGAAAGAAUAGCAACUUCAGAUUGUCAUUUUGAAGUACAUUGUUGAGUGUUUAAUCCUAGCAAGUGGAGAAAACAGAUCUGUGAAAGGAAAUCUUGUCCAAGGCAUCAAUGAUUUCCCUAGAGUCAAGGACUUUAUCAAUGAACUUAUCUAAAAUGUGAGUGGCAGACUAAAAGGCAAUGAAUAUGUUGUCUAAGAGCAAUUCAAGAUCUUGCUAAGUCUUUUCACCAGAGACUUUAACUGUUUGAUCUCAGAGAGUGGGGUUGAAUUCCUUAUAAACUUUGGCACUAGCAAGGAUCCUUAAGUAAGCAAAGAAAUUAGAAAACUUUAUUACAACUACAAACAGAGAGACAGACUUCUUGACACAAAGAAAGGGAUUUUCUACUCAUUUGUCCUUAAGAUAAUCAAUUCAAUUUAUCACUAGUAGGAUUCUAAGAUCUACAAACUCUAGGAACAAGCACCUGGAGAUAUUAAGAAGGAAAUGGUUCAAUUAGGACUUGAUGAUAUUGAGCCGAUACUUACCCUUGAAAUCUACUCUAAAUUGGUAUUUAUAAACAGCUUUAUCAAAACUUUCUUGAAUUCAAUAAUGCUAGUAGUAAUCAGUAAUAAGCCUUAGAACCAACAAGGCGCUAAUGGACUUAAUAAGCAAUAAGAUGAGUUAGCCUACUUCAAGAUGGUCGAGGGGCUAAUAAGAUUAGCUGUUUAAGAUAAGACUAAUCUACCACUUUUAUACUGCGUCAAGUACCUAAUGCACAAGAAUUUUCUCAAUUAGCAAUAACAAGAUGGCUUACUUAAAGGUCUUAAACUAUAUAUUGACUCUUAAAAAGAGAACUUGAGUCUAAAUGAAAUAGAAUAAAAGGCAAUAAACUUAUUCUUGAGUCACAUUUCAGAUAAAAUCUCCUAGAAAAAAAUUGGCUAGAAAAAGCUGAAUGAAAGCUCAGUAUUGCUAGAUAAAACUAUCCCAGCUCAAGAGUAAAAUCAAGAAGAGCAAGUUGAAGACUAGGAAUAGAAGAAUGAGGAAAAGGCAUUGAAAGCUGUAAAUGAAGAGAUAGAGAAACAUAAGGAGCUUAUUGGCAGAAAGAGAAAAAUGAAGAGUGCUGGCAAGAACGAAGAUACCCCACAGUAAAUCGAAGAGUCUUCAACUCACAAAAAACUUAAGAAAACAAAGUGA